UGAAUAAUGGCUUUGAGAGCUCGCUAUAAAUGGUCUGAUUUGACGGAUGAACAACUGCUGGAGUUGUUCGAAUCAGUCCCGUCGGAUGUGGACAUGUCGAGUAUUUCGAGUGACGACGAGGAUGAAGACGUGGCAGAGGCACUUAACACUGCAUUAGUAGAUGUCUCUACUGUAUCCUUAAUGUGCAGUAAUAUUGAAAACAAUGAAAAUACUGUGCAGAGCCAUGAGCCUUCCCGAAAAACUCGUAAGAGGCCUCGAUCACCAUUGCCAGUUAUUGAAGGAGCAACACCUGUAUCUUUACCGUCUUCUGGUGGUUUUAAUGGGCUUGGUAUCGAAUCAAUUAUAAAGGAACCUAGUAAAGUUAUGUGGCGACAGCAAUCUAUGCAAUUGCACAUAAACAAUGUUGCUUUUCAAGGCGACUCUUCGUUGCCAUCCAAAAUAACUGAUCUGAAAACUCCGUUUCAACUAUUUUGUUAUUUUUUAAACUCGGACAUUAUAAGUAUAAUCGUCAAGGAAACAAUGCGCGCAGCCUUAAAGGACAAUAUUGCCAACAAGUUUAAGAUAACAACGGAAGAUAUUCAUCACUAUAUAGGAAUUUUAAUUUACAUGUCUAUAUAUCGCUACCCUAAUUUGAAAAGUUACUGGGGGCAAAAUGCAUUUGCACCCAUACAAACCUGUAUGACCCGUAGCAAAUUUGAAGCAAUUAAGAAAUACUUCUCAUUGUGUGACGAGAGUAAGCGAAUCAAAAAGGGUGAGCCUGGCUACGAUCCACUAUUUCGCACGCGAAGAGUUAUUGACAUUUUGAAUGAAAGAUUUGACUCCGUGCCUAAGCAAGCUCGAUUAUGCGUUGACGAACAAAUGUGCAGCACAAAAAUGAAGCACCAUUUGCGGCAAUACAUGCCCAAUAAACCACACAAGUGGGGUAUUAAAACAUUUGUCCUAUGUGAUUCUUUUGGAUAUGCCUACCGAUUUGAAGUAUAUAGCGGCGCAGGUGAUAAUGCGAUAUUACCUGGUUACCCUGAUAUCGGUGCGUCAGCCAACAUAGUUGUACGCUUGACGAAAACUGUUGAAAACAACAAGGUGGUUCGCUUAUUAUCGACCUAUGUGGGCGUUAAGCCGUUUAUAAGUUCAAAUACUCAAGGAGGAACACCAAAGGCAGCUCGUUACGACAGAAAGUCGAAGCACAAUGUAGAAAUUGACUGCCCACAAGUUAUACAGGAAUAUAACGCUCAUAUGGGAGGCGUGGAUCUGAUGGAUGGGCUUAUGGGACGAUACCAUAUAAGAAGUAAAACUCACGAUGCUGCAACCCGAAUUUUCUACCAUUUAGUAGAUAUGGCAACAACAAACGCCUACAUCCUAUAUAGACGAAUCCAAAAGGAAACCAUGAGCAGCGAGAAAUUCAUUGAACUUCCGGAUUUUCGCGAAUCUAUUGCUGCGGGUCUAGUGGGCUACCAGUCAAAAAACUUGCCAGGUCGUCCACUCAUGAAGAACAAUUUACCUUCACCAUCUUCAUCUUUGUCUGCGCGAUCAAGUCGGUCGCCAUCAUAG